UCCGCCCGGGCGGGGAGCAGCGCCGCGCCGGGCUGCCGGACGGGGUCGGCCCUUUGUUUAUUUCGGGGAACCCCGCGGUGCAGAAAAGGAGUUUUGAGUUGAACAAAGAGUUGGGGAAUGCCUUCGCCGCGAGCAGGUGUCGUCGGUCGGGUUGCCAGCGCGUUCUGGCGUUUUCUUUUUCGCUUACUGCGCUUCGCUGCGAAGGAAAAACUCCUCGAGGCCUUUAAUCGGCUCUGCUUCGGGGCUCAGAUGUUGGCAGGCUCGUUCCCGGUGUUUGGUGGCAGAUGUCAGUCACCCCAAACCGAGCCAAGUUUGCACAGAAGUUUUGGCUGUGACAGGCCGUGCCCAGCCCGGGACUGCUCGUCCCGAGCUGUGUGGUGUGCGCGGGGACCCGGCCCUCUGUGGCCUCCAGGGCUGUGCCAGUGUGCCCGGAGCCGGCCUGCCCCACACGACUGCUUCUGGUGCCCUCAGAGAGCCGGCCUGCCCCACACAGCUGCUCCUGGUGCGCUUCUGGGAUGUCAGCCUGGUUGGGGUGCAAGGCCUUCACAAGGCUGCCGGGUUUGGUUACUUGCAGCAGUAAGCAGUAUAAAAUGGAUGUAUAUUUAGAAGUAUAUGUGUGGCCAGUUCCAUGUAUUAUACUUCAGUGCAGUUCUGAAGAGGUGCUGCUUGCAUUCCAGCAACCUGGCAUGUGCUGGGUGUAUGGGUUUGCCCUGAGGCUGUUCUGAGACUCAGUGAGAAGAGAAAUAAUCAAUAGCCUCGUGUCUUCCUCGUAUCCAGAAAAGGUUUCACUUCUCAAAGUAAGCCCACACACAUACACACAUGCUCGUAUACAUAUGAAUUUAUGGAAAUUGACAUGUAAUUAAAAUGAAUUUUCAUUCAAUUAUCUUUUUUUUUUUUUCCCUGUAACUGGUUAUCUAGAUAUUAAAGUGGAUAAGACCAAACUAAAAAUCUCAAAUGGAAGAAUUCAGGGCUGCGGGAGAAAAGCUUCGUGUCCCACUCAGACCUAUAGGGACAAAAUGGGAUUUCCUUAGGAGAGCGUGGUUUUAGAGCUUGGACAAGCUCAGACAAUUUGUCUGCUUGUUAUUGCUGUAGUCCACUGCCUUGCAGUACGUCUAAGGGUCUCUGGAAAGGCCACUAUUUGCUCUGACAAGACAUGGCUGUAUAGCUUGUAGCAGCUAGAAGAAACAGGCCUGCGAGAUCUGUCAGCGUUCCUCUUCAGCUGUUUUGAAAGAAUAAGAGUGCAGUAAGUGCAAAUAGAGUCCAAGGCCUUGCUUUUGUCAGGUGGCUCUCACUGGUCUGAAGCUGUUUUGUUGGUGUAGUGGCAUGUCUGCAGUUGGCCUUUAAAUCAUUAGCAUUUUAAAUGGACAGAAAGGUACACAUGCACAGUGUGCUUCCAGAGGAAUGCUACAUAGGUGUUCAGAACACCUGGGAGCGUUCUUAAGCCAUAUAUCUGACUAAUUAGGGAGCUUUCUGAAGACAAUGAGCUAUGACUGCUACCUCGUGAAUGAGAAGGUCAUACAGUGAUUUGGCUUUGUCUAUAACGACAGGCUAAACCAAUAAGAUAAUUGUGACUAGAUAAGGGCUUUUGUUCCCCAGCUGCGAUGCUCAGUGUGCUCCCAUUGCAGCGAGCUGUUGAUUGCAGGUUUUUGCCGAGAGUGCCUUGUGCUGACUGAGAUUUGUGAAAUGCAACUCUGCCUUCGUGUUUAGGGCAAAAAAGAACAGAAAAAAAAAAAGCAGUGUCCUCUGCAUAGUAAAAACACGUGAGGUUUUUCGGUAUUAAAAACAAAACAAGACCCUAACACAUCAUCGAACCCGCGUCAGCUUUAGGCGGGUCUCAGUUUCGCUAGGAUAAACAGGAACUGAGAGUUUGGUGUUUCCCCCGUCUUCUCUCAACCUUCUGCAUAGGUGAGAAGACGAAGUGAAAUACUCCUUUCUUAUUCUAGUAAGGAAUCCCGGCUGAAUCAAUGCCUGACAGCCUCUCAUCGCGUCGCAGGGCAUCGCUUCAGCUGUGCUGGUGCAGCUUUCAGAAUUGUGAAAGGUAAAUUAAUUUUUCAGGGCAGGUGUUGGAGUGUCAGCUGCUGGCUUUGCGGUGGCGAUUUGUGAAGUGAAGGCACACGGCUUUCUCUGCAGCUCCUGGAACAGAGAGCGGCUCAGCUUAUCGCAGCGCAAAGGAAACCUGUAGCUGUACCCACGUGAGCAGGUCUUGACGCUUCUGUAGCUGCUGGAGGUGGCAGCAAUGCAAGAGUUGGUGCAAGCAAGCUGAGUUGCAGUCUGAGCCUGGUGUUAGGGGGGAAGCAGCAAAGCAAGAAGCAGAUUUGCCGUAGGCUUAAGUGAGAACCGUGAUCUACCUUUCAUUUGUUUCAGCUGUGUUUUGUGGGUCUCAUGCCUCUGUCACUUAAAGCCGGAAACGUUGCUGCAGUUUUCUAGCUCUUCAACUUAAAGAGAAUAUCUCCAGAUAUGUUUGGUUUAUCCUGCCUGUUUCCAAAUAGAGCAGCUUGUGGUGGAUGCUGCAUUCCGCUCGGUUACGCAGCAGAGAUUUCCCCAUGGCUGUCUUUCUGCUUUGUGUAGUGACUGUGCUACGGUCAUCUCACUGACUGUCAGAGCUGCGAGUAGCAGAGAGGAAUCAGAAUGGGGAAGUGUCCUGCUUACCGUAGGCUGGGACCUCAUCUUCCCUACCUCAUCCCUUUUGAAUUAGCCUUCAUACACAGUGCCUGAAAACAGCUCAGUGGUAGAAGCAUAGGCAUAUUGAGAUGUGCUCAGUGAUGGAGGAUGCUGCUUUUUCACAGUACUGUGCAGUGCAUCUGACACAGAUCAGGGCUGCAACUCUAUGUGGCCUAAAAUAUUGAGUGUACACAGUAAAAAGUGCUGGGUGGCCGAGUGGACGUUUCAAAGUACAGAGGGACAGCAGCACGGAGACUGCUGGGACCUGCCCGGCCUGGGAGCCUCGCUCCCCUCACCCCUGGGCUGCCUCCUGGUGCCAUCUGCAUUCAUGUAGGCUCUCUCUCCAUAUCCCAUGCCUGCUCCUGCUGUGCUUCUCUUCACCUUGCUUGCAAUUACAGAGAGGAGAUCUGUGUUAUGCAGUAGGACCCAAGUCAGGAGAGCUGUUAGUGGAACUGCUCUGUUUGUGUUGUUUGUAUUGUUUUACUAUUUACUAUUUGUAUUAUUUUACUAAUUCUACAUAGUAUCUACCAACGCAGUCUGGGGGAUUUUUUGUCUGCCAUUGUAAAAUGUUGCAUUUAAGUGUGUGUUCAUUGAAGAGAGGAGUAGGAAGAGUAACGCUGUAGUAUGUAUUUCAAUGUAGCAGCGAUGUUAUAUACUUUUCAAGUGAAGUUGUGUUAAAAUGGAACUUUAAAUCUCUGUGAGUACAUUCAGUAAAGUGACUUCUGAAACACAGAGUAUCUUUAAGUGGAGGUAUUUUUCACAGCAUUAAAUGUUAAACUCCAGGAGUGGUUACUUUGCCAGGGUAUGGCCAUCAGUCCUCAUUGGUGCUUUCAGAGAAGCGCAUGGAGUAACUUCAGUUAGAGGUGCUGCUUGCCUUCCUGCUUGCCUUCCCUUGGAGCUGUGGCUCAGGGCUGGGCUGCAUGGGGCUGUGAGCAGCCCAGUCUGGUGGGAGGUGUCCCUGCCUGUGUGGUCCUUGAGGAUCUUCCAACCCAAACCAUUCUAUGAUUCUUAGCGUGCGCAGGGAAAUUGGGGUAUGAAUCCCACAAAUACUGCUUCUUGCGAACACAGGUGUUCUUCAUCCAUGUUUUGCAGUGAAACACUGGCAAAGGUAUAGCAUUCAUUUGUAUGCUUUUAUCUUCUGUUAUGUUCAGGGCUGAACUGCAGAACAGGCUUUGUACCUCUACCAGAAAACAUAUGGGAUCUGAAGGUUCACUCCAGAGGGAAGCUUUGAAGGAAGUUGGUUUUACUCAUUUGAUAAUGCCUUUUCUGGAACUUGUAACUCUACAGCAGCUCGUCUUUCAAGUUUUUUAACCCUCAAAGAAGGACUGGGAACAUAAAUGUCUGCAGGAAGAGGCUAACCACUUUCUCAGGAAUAGAGAAGAUGAGAGAAAGCCAUCAAAGUUUGGGAAGUAAUCGUAAAGCCAGGCCUUUCUGGGGCAGCGUGUGUUCUGCUCUUGGAUGUUCAAAGAUGAGGCACUCAAGUUGGUUUUUUUUUUACAGGGGAAGAUAACAAUGGGCAAAACCAUCUCUGAAUUUCACAAGCAAUGUACAGUAUUUGCUUACAUGUUGAAAGGGUUCUGAAUUCAGACAGGGGCUGCUUGCUUGAGACUCGAGUUCUGUAGCCAUUGUAGUAGCGAGAUGGUGCUGCUGCUACAGUUACUGUGGUGCCUGCUGCAUCUCUAUCAUGUAAAGCUGAGGCAUGGGAGCUGCAGGGGAUACAGGUUCUGAACUGUACUCUGAAUAUUAAACAACAAAUGUAUUCUUAAAUUUCCACGUGCAUGUUAUUCAGGAGGAGAUGGUUUUGAGAACGCGGCAUGCUGCUUGUGCCUAUUUGUCUGAAGAGCUGCUAGUGGAGAGCAGCGUGCUUGUCAGCAUUUCAAAUAGUUAGACUGUAUUAUGUGCUGUGUUUGAAGUGAAUUGUGUCACGUGCAGAAUGACUAGCCAAGACAAUGACCUGUUCAAAAGUAAACUUAGCAGUAGAGAUAACCAGCAGUCUCCUGUCACGGCUCCCAACCAACUCAUCUUUUUAAUUGCAGAUUUUCUUUUUAAGAUGUGGAGCAGAAAGCAAAUAGGUUUGCGACGUGUGCAGUGAAACUCGUUUUCUCUCCUAAAGUGGUUUUGUUCUGUUUUUCCAGUACCGGCAGUCCGCCUGUAUACUGCAGUGAGGGAGGUUUUUUGGGACAGUCAGAAUGAGAAUAAAGGUUCGCUUCAGUUUGAAGACAAAUGGGAUUUCAUGCGCCCUAUUGUCCUGAAACUUCUUCGUCAGGAGUCCGUCACAAAACAGCAGUGGUUUGAUCUGUUCUCAGACGUGCAUGCAGUUUGCCUGUGGGAUGACAAAGGUCCAGCAAAGAUCCAUCAGGCUCUGAAGGAAGACAUCCUUGAUUUUAUUAAACAAGCACAAGCAAGAGUGCUGAGUCAUCAAGAUGAUACAGCUUUACUAAAGGCAUACAUAGUGGAGUGGCGCAAGUUCUUCACACAGUGUGAUAUUUUGCCCAAGCCAUUUUGUCAGUUAGAGAUUACUUUAAUGGGCAAGCAGGGCAGCAACAAGAAAUCGAAUGUAGAAGACAGUAUUGUCCGAAAGCUCAUGCUAGAUACAUGGAAUGAAUCCAUAUUUUCAAAUAUAAAAAAUAGACUUCAGGACAGUGCAAUGAAGCUAGUUCAUGCUGAAAGACUAGGAGAAGCCUUUGACUCUCAGCUUGUUAUUGGAGUUCGAGAAUCAUAUGUUAACCUUUGUUCUAAUCCUGAAGAUAAACUUCAGAUUUAUCGAGAUAACUUUGAAAAGGCAUAUUUGGAUUCAACGGAGAGGUUUUAUAGAACACAAGCUCCUUCUUAUUUACAACAAAAUGGUGUACAGAAUUAUAUGAAAUAUGCAGAUGCUAAACUAAAGGAAGAAGAGAAAAGAGCACUACGAUACUUAGAAACAAGACGUGAAUGCAACUCUGUGGAAGCUCUAAUGGAGUGCUGUGUCAAUGCCCUGGUGACAUCCUUUAAAGAGACCAUUUUAGCUGAAUGCCAAGGCAUGAUCAAACGAAAUGAAACAGAAAAGUUGCAUUUAAUGUUUUCAUUGAUGGAUAAAGUUCCAAAUGGGAUAGAGCCCAUGCUGAAAGACUUGGAAGAACAUAUUGUUAGUGCUGGACUAGCGGAUAUGGUAGCAGCUGCUGAAACUAUUACUACUGAUUCUGAGAAGUAUGUAGAGCAAUUGCUUACACUAUUUAAUCGAUUUAGUAAAUUGGUUAAAGAAGCUUUUCAAGAUGAUCCCAGAUUUCUUACUGCAAGAGAUAAGGCAUACAAAGCAGUCGUGAAUGAUGCUACAAUAUUUAAACUUGAAUUGCCAUUGAAGCAAAAGGGCGUUGGAUUGAAAACACAGCCUGAAUCCAAAUGCCCUGAGCUUCUUGCUAAUUACUGUGACAUGUUGCUAAGAAAAACACCACUAAGCAAAAAAUUAACCUCUGAAGAAAUUGAAGCAAAGCUUAAAGAAGUGCUUUUGGUACUUAAAUAUGUACAGAAUAAAGACGUUUUCAUGCGAUAUCACAAAGCUCACUUAACAAGGCGCCUGAUAUUAGAUAUAUCAGCUGAUAGUGAAAUUGAGGAGAAUAUGGUGGAGUGGCUCCGAGAAGUAGGUAUGCCAGCAGACUAUGUAAACAAGUUGGCUAGAAUGUUCCAGGAUAUCAAAGUAUCUGAAGACUUGAACCAGGCCUUCAAAGAAAUGCACAAAAAUAAUAAACUUGCUUUACCAGCUGACUCUGUGAAUAUUAAAAUUUUAAAUGCUGGUGCCUGGUCCCGUAGUUCUGAAAAAGUAUUUGUCUCAUUGCCCACGGAAUUGGAAGAUCUCAUCCCAGAAGUUGAAGAAUUUUACAAAAAGAAUCACAGUGGUAGAAAACUGCACUGGCACCACCUCAUGUCCAAUGGAAUUAUAACAUUUAAGAAUGAGGUUGGCCAGUAUGACUUGGAGGUAACAACAUUUCAGCUAGCUGUGCUGUUUGCAUGGAACCAAAGACCCAGAGAGAAGAUCAGCUUUGAAAAUCUUAAACUGGCAACCGAACUCCCUGAUGCAGAACUUAGGAGGACUUUAUGGUCUCUUGUAGCAUUUCCAAAGCUGAAACGUCAGGUUUUAUUGUAUGAACCUCAAGUCAAUUCACCCAAAGACUUUACAGAAGGAACCCUCUUCUCGGUGAACCAGGAGUUCAGUUUAAUAAAAAACGCUAAAGUUCAGAAAAGGGGCAAGAUAAAUUUGAUUGGUCGCUUGCAACUUACUACAGAGAGAAUGCGAGAAGAGGAGAAUGAAGGAAUAGUCCAGCUAAGGAUAUUACGAACCCAGGAGGCUAUCAUCCAAAUAAUGAAAAUGAGGAAGAAAAUUACUAAUGCCCAGCUUCAGACUGAACUGGUAGAAAUAUUGAAAAACAUGUUCUUACCACAGAAGAAAAUGAUAAAGGAGCAAAUUGAAUGGCUUAUAGAGCACAAAUAUAUCAGAAGAGAUGAGUCGGAUAUCAACACCUUCAUAUAUAUGGCAUAACGUGAGGACUCUGUGAGAUGCUGAGAACAUAAAUGGAAGGGUGCUUGGACAGACAGCUGCAACAGUUUGUGCUGCAGAAGGACCUGUUUUGACUUUCAUUACGUAUUCAAAUCCCUGCCUUACCUUAAAGAGGACUCUAUUUUGCCAAUCUCAUUCAGCUAGCAUGAUGGCAUUCCCUUCAUGUUGCACACUUUUAACAGCAUGCUGUUUUGUGGGAAACUUGCAUUCAUGAAGAGCCCAUUGUGAACUUUUAAAAGUAGAUUUGACUUACACCCACCAGGAAGAAUACAGGUUUGGGUUUUUAGAUGACCAGUACUUGCACAAGGAAAAAUAUUCAAAUAUUCAUGCACUGAGGAACUGCUACUAGUUUUGUUUUGGUUUUUGUUGUUGUUGUUUUUUUUUAAUGCGAUUAGGACUAGAAGUAGCACUUUCACUUUUGUGUUUUGGAUCAACAGAGUCAUGUACUGUCCACCUUUGAUCCUUUUUGUAAUAACAUUUGGGAGACACAUGCCUCACAAACUGAUAUAUAUUUGUUAUCAUUAAAAUCUGUUGGCUAGAGCAGUGCUUCAAUCUAGUAACUGGAUUUUAAUAUUUGACACAUAAGUGACAUAAAAAUAAUUCAUGGGUGAUACUUUUCUUUAUGCAAGAGAUCAUUGUUUUUAAAUUGUUUUCUGUAAAGAAGUGGAUAUACAUUAUUUGUUACUUUAUUUGGACAGAUGAUUUGGUACAAUCCUUUUUGAGAAGGCAAAGCUUUCUUGAAUGAUAUUCCACUAUAAAAACAGUUUCCAUAGAUGGGUCUGUUACGGCGAACAGAAAUAUUAAGUGUAUUUCCUUGUACAUUUAAUAUUUGUAUUCCAGAUAUUUAAGUACGACGUAUAUCUAAAUGCAUUAAAGAGUAAUUGGUGCACAAAUUCUCAGAAAGAAGAUAACACUCAAAGAUCCCUGUAUUAAUUCCUCACUGGUAGCUCUCUCUGUAUGUAUGGAUGUAAGGUUAAUCACAGUUGGCUGUUUUGUUCCUUGAAAGUCAGCAUCUUAAUAUGAAAAACAAACGCUCUGCUUUUUAUUUUGAAACUGUCAGAAUGGGAAAUACAAUUCUAACAGAACUGGGAAAAAGCUUAGGAAAAACACCUUGUGUGAUGUAUGCGGAGAGAGUGCCAAGGAUGCACCAGGAAUUUCAAUUUCUUAAUGUUACCUCUUCUGUUUUCAAUCAUCUGAAGUAGUUGUUUGGCAAUGCUUGCCUCUCUGCUACUCUGAAAUGUCCCCGCAUGUCCUGGGCUGUAAUAGGAAUCAGUGGAGCAGAGUGCCUGUCUUGGGACAAAAGGUAAGUUGAGCCUUACUCAGUUCCGUAUGAAUAUUCGUAUAUAAAUUGCAAGUGUGCAUUUUUUUUUAAUUUACCAGUUCAAGUACAGUAUCUCAAGGUCUUCUCAAAUGAUUGAAAGAGGGUAGAGGGUAGGGUUGACUUUAGUCAGAAAGGAAAACCUUCCAUUAAGAGGAGGAGUUAAUUUUUACGUGGUUGCAGUAGAGGGUGAAAUAAGAGUGGUUUAAAAGCAAACUCACUACAAGAGUGGCUGUUCGCCCCCUUAAACAGGCUGCUUGGUCUGCUUAUUAAUAUAAAUGCCAUUGUCACUGCCUGCUUAUGGUGUGUACUUGGUCCUCUGUUUGACUGAAACUUGCAGUACUGGAGGUUUAAUGAAGAAGAAGAGAUGGAGAGACACCGAGACCUGGCAAAUUAGCAUUUACAGAGUACAAAUUAAGCUCGAUGCUUUUAUUCAUUAAAAAGAGUAGAUGCUGUUCAGAAAUACCACAUCUUUUUUCUUCUCCUAUGGCGUUGCUAUUCAGAACCAAAAGCAAGUGGUGCUCUGUGUAGUUAGCCACUAAAGCUAUUCAAAUGGUAGAAAACAAAGUUCCAAUAAAGUCCUUGUGCUACGGGAGUUUCAGUAUUUGAAAGGUAAAUUACAGUAAGUGCUCACUUGAGAUAGCUGGGAGAAACUGACAGCCCAGAGCUCGAAAACAUCACAGUCUGAGCACAGCCUCCACCAUAAGAAGUUUCAGCCCUUAACCACAGAGGAACACAGAGACGGAGCGCUGCGCAGGGGGUAAUGCAGCUUCUGAAGCCAUUGACUUAAGGGUCAGGAAGUUGAGAGCGUCUUAUAUGCAAUCAUUCAGGAAGUUGGAGUGCAUACAGAAAGCAGCAGAUUGUUAAAAUCUUCAUAAACUGUGUUUUCCCUCAACUGAUAAGUAUGAAAUAGUAUAACCUCAGAGUUACCUGUGUACUUCUCAACACCUGGGAUGUGGAAAUACAAUAGGUAACGUGCCUACAGCAUGGUCAUUUUUCUUUAAAUAUAUGCCGAAAAUGGAUGAUGAUUUUUUUUUUAUUAAAUCUGAGAAUCACACCAGCAAAUUUGUUAAAGAUGCAGAAUUGUGUUUAGCAUCCUUCGUCGGGUCCCUUUCACCAGUAUGCACUUAGAAGUAUCAGCGGGGCGCGGGGAGGUAGCUGGGGGGAGCGUUCUUUUGGGGACGGCAGAGUUCGGCUCUGAAUGGAAAUGAACUAUUCUUCACUUGCAAUAUGGCAACAACGCACUUUUAAGGCUACAGUGUUUAGCUCUGAAUUCACAUGUCCAAAGACCUUGCUUAAAAGAGGUGCUGUAUCUGAGAAGCAUGUUGCCACGCACACUGCCACGGUGAACGGCUAUGGAGAAAACCUGUUGUAGACGAGGGGGGGGGGGGAAUCGUUCUUAAUGGGUUUAAUUAAGGAAUACUGUUAAAACUUUCUCUGUCCCAACAACGUGAUGAGGAUCUCGGUUUCAAUUCUGAAGUCUUCCAUUCUCCUCUUUCCACAGUUGGUGUUCCUAGCUCCUAUUUUUGUUCAUCUUUCAUUCGUUUGUUAAGGCUGUAAUGCAAUUGCGUUUCCAAAAGGAAAUGCGACUGUCCUGUUUUCACCUUUAUAAACUUAAUCCAGGCGUAUCGAAUGUUCACACGUUGCAUUGAUCUGCAUUGGGAUGCCAUUGUCCUGUAAAGUGCGCAUUUUAAACACACAAUUGGCAAAAAGAUUUGAUAGUUUUACAGAAAGAUUUGCUAUCUUAAACUCAAACUGUUUUCUAUUUUCAUCAGAAUGACUGGGAUGCUAUCUUUGUAAUUCUUUGAGGUCAGAUUUGUGAAAUAAACAACACACGAAAGCUUUCCUGUCAUAUACACUAUAUGUAGUCUGGAGUGUUGAGCAAACUUGAGUUCCUGAGUUGUAAUAUCUAUCUGCGUAUGGUAUUUACACUUUUGAAUGUGUGCCACUGCCGAGGUGAUGACGCUGUACAGUUGGGAAUGGUGGUAGUUUCUGUAUGGCAGUCCAGCUGAACUAUUUUGAUGUACUGCUUAAUUUUUGAAUUUUAUUUUUUAAGUUGUAUAAUUUAUUUUCUUGCAAAAUAAAAAUGUAAUAUAAAAGACUA